AUGGGCAAUAUCUGCUCUAGUUCCAAGAACGAAGCUGAACCCGGACCAUCCUCGCGCCCCGGCCGCGUGCUGGGCUCGAGCACAGCGAACGCCGCACCGCGCGCAUCCGUCCCCGCAACCGCCAAAUCAAGACCAAAGUCGAACUUCGAGUCGCCUGGGAGGACCUUGGGGACUAACGGUGGAGAAAGUGCUGGAAGCUCAGGAACAGGGCCAGAGCCAGGCACGGGCACGCUAGAUGAUACUAGUGAUGCAAGGGCUCAGGCGGCAAUCGCAGCUCAGAAACGUGCCGAAGCGGCAGGGUCUGCGAACAAAGGGAAAUUAGGGUCAAAGUUGGCGGCGCAAAAGGCUCAGACGCAGACGCAGACGUUGAAUGAGGUUAGUAGGGAGGAAAGAGCUGCUAGGGAUGCAGACGAGGCAUCUACCGUGAGGAAGUGGGAUUGA